GAAGAGAAGAGUGAGAGAGCAUACAGAGAGAGCCUACACUACAUACAGUACAGAGAGAGAGAGAGAGAGAGAGACAGAGAGCAUACAGUCAAGAUGGAUGGCAUUGCAGCAAUUCGUGGUUACAUUGAUCGGAUAGUGAAUGGCGAUGAACAGUGCCGAGGCAUGAAGGUGCUAUUGCUGGAUAAUGCGACGACGCAUAUUGUGUCGUGUGUGUACUCUCAAACAGAGAUUCUUCAAAAUGAAGUCUACUUGGUGUCGAGACUCGAAGACGUCGAACGCAAAAACUCCAAUCAACCCACAACGUCACACCUUAAAGCCGUCUGCUUUAUGAGACCCACCGAUGCCAACAUUGGAUUGAUCAUACGAGAAUUGGCCAAACCCAGAUUUGCCGAGUACCAUCUAUUCUUUAGUGGCAUUGUCACUUCGGGACAAAUUCGAAUGCUCGCCGAACAAGAUGUAUCGGAAAAAAUCAAACGAGUUCAGGAAUUGUACGGAGAUUUCAUUCCCAUCAACGAAGAUUUACUCUCGUUGCAGUCGGGAGACACACUCGCGAUGACUGUCGCCGCUGGAACCAGUUGGGCGCCAAAAUAUGCACACUUGUACGACCGAAAUUUACAAGGACUACAGGGAAUGCUACUAGCUCUCAAACGACAACCCUCGGCCAUUCGAUAUGCGGGGCACUCCCCGUGUGCCGAAGAAUUGGCCAAAGACUUGCACGACACCAUUGUACAAGAUGACAUCUUUCACUUUCGAAAAUCCAGGAGAGGUGGACUGCAUGUCCUCGUACUAGAUAGAAGAGACGAUCCCGUUACACCACUACUCUCACAAUGGACCUACCAGGCCAUGGUCCACGAACUACUGGGACUCAACAAUCACAGAGUCGUACUCAAGGGAGCACCCAACAUACCACCCGAUCUGGAGGAAGUCGUACUCUCCUCCACACAAGAUCAGUUCUUCUGCGACAAUCGGCACAAGAAUUUUGGUGAACUGGGAGAAGAAAUUCAACGACUGCUACAGGAUUACCAGAAACAAACCGCACAACACAACACGUCCAAUCUCAACUCUAUUGAAGACAUGCAGGCAUUCAUGGAAAAGUUCCCCGAAUUACGAUCCAGAUCGCACAAUGUUUCCAAACAUGUCGCCAUUAUGGGAGAACUUGCACGGCUCGUAGAAGUCUGCUCACUCAUGGAUGUUUCACAAUUCGAACAGGAAUUGGCUUGUGCCGACGAUCAAAAUGCACAUUGGAGAGAACUCAUGCAAAAACUACAAUCCGAUGCCGUCAAAAUUCCUGACAAACUACGACUCGGGUUGCUAUUUGCUCUACGAUACGAACUAUCGGGGAAUAUACACAUGCUGCAGUCGGCCAUGGACAAAGCGGGCGUACCUCCCGAUAUGGUAGAAUUGGUCAAUGUCAUGCUCAGAUACGCAGGACACAAAUCAAGAGGUCCGGGAUUGUACGGGGAACAUCACAAUCUAAUGAAGAAAAUGACCAAGAGUUUCAUCACCAGUGUCCAGGGCGUACAGAAUGUCUAUGCACAACAUAUCCCACUCCUCAUGGACACCAUUCAGUCCGUCAUUCGAGGAAAACUGCCAACCAGCACACAUCCAUUGGUACCUGGGAGUGCCGAUGUGGCCAUGCAACCGGAAGCGGCAAUACCAGAAGAAAUACUGGUGUUUGUGGUGGGAGGUGUCACUUACGAAGAAGGAACCAAGGUCAGUGAGUUCAAUCAGGCCCAGGCCAAUCAAGGAGGAAGGUUUCGUGUCAUUCUGGGAGGUAGUACGGUCCACAAUAGCACCAGUUUCCUGGAGGAACUCAAGAGGACAUCACUGUAACUUAAAGAAAAUGAACGAUAGACUUUUGUUUUUUGAUGUCUGGCU